AUGGACGAUGCGGCACGCGUGCCCAAUGGCCGCAUUGCCCACGUGAUUACGAAGGGAUACCGAAAGCACCAUCUUGGUGUUGGGCCGAGCAUUACCCGCUCGACUAACCGUCACCUGUUCGUGACCUCGUUCAUACCCGAACAGGCCGAAUCGGUUGAGUCUACCAUGCUUUAUAUUCUUUGUUGUGUCUUGGGCGGUGAGGGUGCUACGUUGGGCCAGCCGGUGGGGGGGGGGGGGGGGGGGGGGCGGGGGGGAUCUGGGGGGGGGCUUCUGCGGGGGUUAGGAUGCAGGAAGUGGGGGGGGGGGGAUUGA